AAAAAAUAACAGUAAACAUUACACAUACAACUUCCCUUCCAGCCCAAACCAGUCGAGCGCAGCAUCACCGAUGAGACGAGAAUUCAAAAAAAGGAUCACCGCGAAUCCAACACCGCUUUGUUAUGAAUGAAGUUGUAUGCGAUAUUUUUUUAACCUGGUACUUUUAUUUUUUGAAAGUCGUACUUCGGUUGUCACAUAUUUUGAUAUUUUAAUGUACACUAUUCGUAACGAAGUUGAGUCCGUGGCCUGAAGAAAACGACAUGUCUACAAAGAAACUGGCGAAACAAUUGGGGUUCGUGAGGAAACGCAGUCAGUCAUCAACUGGACAGAAGAAACCACUAACAUCUAAUCAAAUAUUCCCAUAUCUGAUUGUCAUUGACUUCGAAUCCACAUGCUGGAGAGAGAGGAACAGCUAUGGGCAGGAGAUUAUUGAGUUUCCUGCCGUUCUCCUGAACACCUCUACAGGUGAGGUGGAGUCAGAGUUCCAUACGUACGUUCAGCCACAGGAGCACCCCGUACUGUCUGACUUCUGCACCGAGCUCACUGGAAUCACACAGCAACAGGUGGAGGCUGGGGUUCCCCUCCACAUCUGUCUGUCCCGGUUCUCCCGAUGGCUGCAGACUCUGGAGCACCAGAGGGGUGUGGUCUUCCCCAGGGACCAGAGGGCUCCAGUCGCAGACCACCGCCCCUGUGCCUUCGUCACCUGGUCAGACUGGGACCUGGGGGUGUGUCUGCUGUAUGAGUGUAAACGGAAGCAGCUCCACAAACCUGCUGUUCUGAACAGCUGGAUCGACCUGAGAGCUACGUACAGACUGUUCUACAACAGAAAACCCAAGGGACUGAAUGGAGCUUUACAGGAUCUAGGGAUACAGUUCUCUGGACGGGAGCACUCAGGUCUGGAUGAUGCCCGUAACACUGCUCACCUGGCCUGGAGGAUGAUGAGGGAUGGCUCUGUGAUGAAGAUUACACGCAGUCUGGAGAGGGCACCUUUGAAGACCAAACCCCUGUUUGGAAAUGGGAACGUGCCAGGGGAUGGUUGUCCUGGCAACAAGAGGGAUAACAAAACCACUUUCAAAAACCCCUCCAAGACGACAGAGAGCGGCGGCGGCGGCCAUCUUGAAAAUCGACCCAACAGCAAGCCAGUUAGCAACACGGACGUUGUUGAGACACGACCCAAGCCUUCAGACAGCAUGGUUCCCAACACAGAGGUGAACUCCAACUUAACUGCUGAACCUGUUCAGUAUCAGAGUAUUGUCUCACCAAAGACCCUUCUCAAUGCCCAGCCAGACCCGACACAUGACCCGGAAACAGGAAGUAUGGAGGAGGACGUGCCUAUCUCGUGCGGUUCGUAUGACGACGUCGUAUUGGAGGAGGACUGGGAUGUCACGGUUGGUGACGAGGCUUCUGUUGCUGAUGUGUACACAGAGAACCAGAGGUUUGAGGUGGAUGAUAACUCGGUUUAUGGGAGAACCUUGCUACCUGUUACCCCUGGCUCAAACCUCUCAGAUACACGGUCAAGACUGAACACGGAAACGUCAAACUCCUUUGUGAUCGAGAAGAACAACAAGAACGACUCGAGAACAUCCUCCAGUUCUGCAAAAGCUGCGACAACGAGGAUAUACAACACCUCUGGGUCAAAUAGUUCAUGUAGUUUCUCCUUCGACAAACCCAGACCUGUUACCCAUGAUUCCAACCGCUCAGCUACACGGUCAAGACCGCAAACGGCAACAUGGAACAACUCCUUUGUGAUCUACAAGGACAAGCCGAGAGCCUCAAAUACCACUUCCACAUCCAAUACCUCAACAGCAUCCAAUACCUCAACAGCAUUCAAUACCUCAACAGCAUUCAAUCAUUCCUUUGUCAAACCCAGACCAGGCCUCCAGAACUCCAACCUCCAUGCUACACGGUCACGACCUCUCACAACAAAAAACCCUGGUAACUCCUUCGCACCCAUGUCCUCUACUACAAACCUUCCCAAUCCUUCCGUCACUAGACCCAAACCAGUUACCGCCAGCAGUGACUCUAACCUCUCUGCUUCAAAGACACCAAACGGCUCUGCAUCCAGUCUCUCCUUUGCCAGGCCCGGCCCUGUCGUCCAUCACCCCGACCCGUCGACUUCACGUUCAAGGCUGCACUCGGAGACGCCAAACACAUCUUUCACGAUCCACAAGUACUCCUCUUGCCUCUCCUCUGUCGCUCGUCCUUCUGUCGGUGGAUCGUUCUCCGUCCUCUCCUCGUCCGUUAACCGCUCCUCGCUCCCGCCGACCCGCAGCACCAAGAUCACGGCCCCGCUGUGCGACUGCGGGCGGCGAGCCAAGCGUCUAACGGUGUGUAACGGCGGUCCGAACCAAGGCCGAGCGUUCUACUGCUGCACGGUGCGUAAACACGGCCCCGGGGGGACCAGGAAGGGAUGUGAGUUAUUUAAGUGGGAGUCUGCUCUCCUCCAGGCUAAAUCACCAGCCUCCGCUGCCAACUCCAUCGCUCUGCGUUUUGGUCUCAACUCCAGUGUUGUUCGUCCCCUGUCGUCGUCUAGGACGAGAUAUCAGUUAGCUUGAGGUCAUAGGGAGACUCUCAACAGCAUUUCCUUCUCAUCCAAUGGGUUUGGAGAGGACAUAAGGAAUCAAGGAAAUGCAAUUGAGAUUCUCCUCACAAAGGUGUCAUAUUUUAAACUGUACUUUAUGUAUGAUGCGUUGUUGUAUUUUUUUUGUAUAUGAUUUAUGUCCGCAUACUAAAUCUGGUGCAUUCAUUGACCAAUAUCCUGUACAGUUUCUAAAUAGAAUUUUAUCUUCCAUAAUGUGAGAUGACAUGAUGUCAUAAUGAAAU